UGAGUUCUGUCUGUUCAGGCUGCUUCUUGCUCUUGUCUCAGAAUAAGAAUCCUGGUGUAAGCUAUUUGAGAAAGAAAGUAACCUAACACUAACUGCAGGCGGGGUCCAGUGAUGUAACAGGAAGCUCUGAUGUUUGCCUUCUGCUUCUGAUCACUUACAAUCUGACAACACUCCCCAUCUACUCAGAGCAAGCCCUCUCUCUCCAGCAGUGUCACUCCUGCCCUGGGAUCAUCAGACUCUGCUGCCUAGAGCUCACCCUGCCUGCAGGAUCACAUUGCAAGGCUUUCUCUCUUCCCCACCUCGCCUGUGAGGAAUCUCUUCAGCAGACUCUCAGAUAAUCAUUUUCCAUCCUGAGACUAUUUCACCCAGAAUUUUCUGAGGCGCCUUGCUGGGGUCUUACGAUGAUACACCAACCACUUGUGCUGCCAGCUGUCAAAACUUCGGAUGGCCCAACUUUCAGGUCAUGACCCUUGGAAUUAAGAAAUUCUUGAAGACUGUCGAAUAUGAUUCAGGAGAAAAUGUGAUUUGAUUCUGGAGACAAUUAUGCAUGCAUAUUUUCCCUAACAUCAUCUAGUAAAAGAAAAAAAAGAAAAGAAAAGAAAAAACAGUCCGGAAUAGCUAAUAGAAGAGAAAACAGUGUUCAGAAGAUUGCUCAUGAUUAACAAGAACAGCCAUAGCUAGGUGUGAAUAUACAGCAUAUCUCAUUUGGGAUCUAACAAUGAAGAAAAAAUAUACAAUGUAUUUUUUGUUCCUCUUGCCUUUUUAUAUGUGUUUUGUCAUAGCAGAAUCAGCAGAAGCCUAUGACCAAACAGAGUUGGGAGUUACUAGAAAUAAGAUCAUGACUGCUCAAUAUGAAUGCUACCAAAAGAUUAUGCAAGAUCCCAUUCAACAAGCAGAAGGCCUUUACUGUAACAGAACUUGGGAUGGAUGGCUCUGCUGGAAUGAUGUUGCAGCUGGAACAGAGUCUAUGCAGUACUGCCCUGAUUACUUUCAGGACUUUGAUCCUUCAGAGAAAGUUACAAAGAUUUGUGACCAAGAUGGAAACUGGUUUAGACAUCCAGACAGUAACAGAACAUGGACAAAUUAUACUCUGUGUAACAACAGCACUCAUGAGAAAGUAAAGACUGCGCUGAACUUGUUCUACCUGACGAUAAUUGGACAUGGACUGUCUAUUGCAUCGCUGCUCAUCUCACUCAUCAUAUUUUUUUAUUUCAAAAGUCUAAGUUGCCAAAGGAUUACCCUGCACAAAAACCUGUUCUUUUCUUUCAUUUGUAACUCCGUUGUGACAAUCAUUCACCUCACAGCAGUGGCCAACAACCAGGCUUUAGUGGCAACUAAUCCUGUGAGCUGUAAAGUAUCUCAGUUCAUUCAUCUUUACCUGAUGGGAUGUAAUUACUUUUGGAUGCUCUGUGAAGGCAUCUACCUGCACACACUCAUCGUGGUGGCCGUGUUUGCAGAGAAGCAGCAUUUGAUGUGGUAUUAUUUUCUUGGCUGGGGAUUUCCACUGCUUCCUGCCUGCAUCCACGCCAUUGCCAGAAGCUUGUAUUACAAUGACAAUUGCUGGAUCAGUUCUGAUACCCAUCUCCUCUACAUUAUCCAUGGUCCAAUUUGUGCCGCUUUACUGGUGAACCUCUUUUUUCUAUUAAAUAUUGUACGUGUUCUCAUCACCAAAUUGAAAGUUACACACCAAGCAGAAUCCAAUCUCUACAUGAAGGCUGUGAGAGCUACACUCAUCUUGGUGCCGCUGCUUGGCAUUGAGUUUGUGCUUUUUCCAUGGCGUCCUGAAGGACGGGUUGCUGAGGAAGUCUAUGACUACGUUAUGCACAUCCUGAUGCACUAUCAGGGUCUUUUAGUGUCCACAAUUUUCUGCUUUUUUAAUGGAGAGGUUCAAGCAAUUCUGAGAAGAAAUUGGAACCAAUACAAAAUCCAGUUUGGCAAUGGCUUCUCCCAGUCUGAUGCUCUCCGCAGUGCAUCCUAUACAGUGUCAACAAUCAGUGAUGUUCCAGGGUACAGUCAUGACUGUCCUACCGAACACUUAAAUGGAAAAAGCAUCCAGGAUAUCGAAAAUGUUGCCUUAAAACCAGACAAGCUAUAUGAUCUAGUCAUGUGACGAUAGAAAUCACUGCCUGUUUUGUGCCACUUGGUCCCAUGAUUUUACAACCAGAAGACUUCAAUAUUAAAUGAAUUUUUGAAUGCCAUAAAGAUACCCCUCAUUUAAAGUGAGAAUUAAGUUGAUAAAUGUUUAACAACUCUCUCUGUGUAGAGAAAAAUGUACAAUGUUGGCCAGUAAAUACUCCCAUCAUGGUUGAUUUUAAGCUAGCAAGCUGAUACCACUGAAUGUGGAAUUGGAAACAAGAUACUAAGCACAAUCAACUCUGAGAGUGGAAGGGCUCUGGCUCCAGCACAGCACUGUAUGAACUGCAAAUUCAGAACAAUACAGAGCAGGACUCUGCUCUUCUCACCUGAGGAGACAUCGCUCAGUAUUACAACAUGGAAGGAAAAUUUGAUUUUCAUUUGUUGGUUAUAAAACUCUUUGUCCAAUUUUCAUUUGAGGUAGUUGAUAAUUUGCCCAGAAACACUAUAACCUUCUUGACAAUAACUUCUCAAUGGACUAAACAAAGAGUUAAUUAUCUUUACCAUCUCACCUUCUCACUUUAAAAGCAACUGAGCAGAAUUCCUAUGGGCUGCUCAGUUGCUGAUCCAAUGCAAUUGCAUGGCAUGCUGUGGCCCAUCUAUUAGACACUGGUGAGCAGGAUAUAAGAGUUACAAUCCCUCUUCUGAAUUAUGAGGGAGACAUGUUAGUAGAGGCUUCAAACACUUUGUUAGCUACUUUAUCUUUCUACAGGAGUGGGAGGAAAUUAGUUUCCCUGAAUCUGUAAAUAGCAACUUUGUCCCUUCCAUUUCUACUGUGUAGACAAGUGAGCAAUCAUUUUACAUGAAGGAAAUCAAUGAAGGAUAUCUUUUUAUCUUAGAAAUCUAUAAGCAAAAAGAGAUUGUUCUAAAAAUGACCUUGUAAAUAUUCCAUUAUUUUAUUUUAUUUUUCAAUUAAGAACACAUACAACCUAGCUUACUGUUUAAAAGCAGAUGUAUAAUGUAGCAUCACAUGCAUGUUAACUUCUGAUGCUGUGUCUGGGCUGAGUUUAUAGUAAAAUAGAGUCUGGAAUUCUAUAUUUGGUAAAUAUUUUAAGGACAACCAGAUACCAGCAUCAGAAGUUUGGAAGCUAAUAACAAAAACAAAACAACAAAAUGCAGAAACAAUUGUGAUAAGAUAUGACAUCUAUUUUAAAAAAGAAAGGCCAUAACUUCAUAGACAUAUUAACAUUGGGAAUUCAUACAUUUGCAAGUAUACUGACAUACUUCUUCCUAUUUGGAUGAUGACUCAUUCAAAAUCAGAAAAUUUAAACAACUAUUAUAAGAAAUGGCAGUCUGCUAUACAUGUGGACUUGGCUUAAUUAAAAUAUCACUUUACUGACUUACUAUAUGAAGAUGUAUGACUUUGAAAAUAUCCCUGAUUAUUUCUAGGAGUGGUGGUACACACCUUUUAAUCCCAGCACUCGGGAGGCAGAGGAAAGUGAAUCUCUAUAAGUUUAAGGGCCACCUGAACAUAGUGAAUUCCAGGCCAGCUGGGGCUUCAGGGAGA